AUGAAAUCAGUUAUAGUUUUUUUGUGUGUAAUUAGAAUCAGCAUUUGUCAGGAUGGUGGUGAAAGAGUACUGACGAAGUGUGUCCGUGUGUCUAGUACUGCGACAACACGUGCCGUUGUGGAAGCGUUGACUGACAAAUUCUUGCCGGACCUGAAAAUGCUUUCUGAUGACACUUACAGUCUCUGGGAGGUUCACGAAAGUGGUGGAGAGCGGAAACUAGAUGACGAAGAAAAACCCUUACUGGUGCAGCUUACCUGGCAUCGCGACGAUCGCGAGGGACGGUUUUUGUUGCGGAAAAAUCGUCAAGGAUUAGCUCCACUAGCUGUAAGUUUGCUACCAAUGUCUAUGUCGGCGUAA